CCUUCUCCGCUCGCAGACCUCUUUCUUAUGUUUGCCUUUGCUCCACUUUUCCUCUCCUCCCUCCUACACUUCUCCCUGGUCGCCUCGAGCCCGCAGAACCGCACCAUCGACGAUGAGCUCGGAGACAGCGUCACUGGACUCAAGCCCACUUAUCUCCCCGAAGGCGGCUGGAACCAAGGCGCGUCUUGCUCGGGGUGCCACUUUCCUAAGGACAAAGUCUUCGCCUCCAGCCAAGUCUUCGACGGGACAUGGCACGACGCGACCUACCGGGUCGGCGGGGAGGACAUGGUGAUCACGGCGAAUUUCGUCGGUCGAGCGGUGUACGUCUACUUUAUGGUUCCCAACACCGCUGCGAUCCAGCCGACGACGACGUUCAUGAACGUGUCGUUCUACGUCGAUCAAACCACAACUCCUGCGGGAUCCUUCAUUCACGACCCAAACUCCUCGACGGACAUAUCCUACCGGCAAGUUGUGUUUGCGGACAACUCGCUCACAAAUGGCACCCAUACCCUCACGAUGCGCGCCUCAGGCCCCAACGAAUCUCUCGUCCUCUUCGACUACAUCGUCUACACCAUUGACGUUGAAGACCCCCCGUCCGCCUCCUCGACGUCCUCAUCGACUGCUGCAACAUCCUCCAGCUUCGCGAACGGAGAGAACUCCCCAGCCUCCAAAUCAAAGCAUCCACCGGGGCAGUCGUAG